GCCGAUCAGAGCGGAGCCAGACGGUGUAUAUUUAUAAAAACCUACGUUCCAGACCCAAGUCAGCAAACACACACACACACACAACAUGGGAGAUUACCAAUGGAUUAGCAGCAACGUCUACGGAGGUCUGCCUGGUGGCGCCGUCCUUGGUGGCCAUGACUCCGAUCAGGAUCCCAUUUUCGUUGGCCGUGCCUACCACAACGGUGAGAUGCUGCCUGCCAAGGUGGUGCCCAACAAGCAGCAGGCUUAUGUAGCCUGGGGCGGCGAGGAGAUCAGCAAGCACGACUAUGAGGUGCUCGUCGGCGAUCACUUCUCGUGGAUCCCGGCCAGCGGUGGCUUCGUACCGCCGCACUCCCUUCGCGUUGGUCAGACCUCCGACGGCGAGACCCUGUAUGUGGGUCGUGGCUACUUCCAGGGCAGCCUGACCCCCGGCAAGGUGCAUCCCUCGCACCAGUGCCUGUACAUUCCCUACGGCGGACAGGAGCAUCGUCUGGAGGCCUAUGAGGUGCUGGUCCAGCCAGAGACCUGGAUUUCCGCUUCUGGACGCGGUAUCAUUCCCGGAACUGUGGUCGGCGGCCACGACUGCGAUGGCGACCAGAUCUAUGUUGGUCGCGCCUACCACGAGGGCGACCUUCUCCCGGCCAAGGUGAUUCCCAACAAGGGAUGCGCCUAUGUGCCCUACGGAGGCGGCGAGGUGGUGAAGCACGACUAUGAGCUGCUGGCCGGUUACGGUUACGGUUGGGUGCACGACAGCCACGGCAAUGUGCCCGGCAAUGCCGUCCUCUGCGGCCGCACCUCCGACGGAGAGCCCCUCUUCAUCGGCAGGGCCCACCAUCACGGCAGCUUGACUCCCGGAAAGAUCCACCAGUCGCAUCACUGCCUCUACAUCCCCUUCGGCGGCGAGGAGGUGCGCCUAGACCACUACGAGGUGCUGGUCAAGGCCUAAUCUGUUCCCGUUCGACGUCUGCCCUCUAAUUUAUAACUCAUCAGUCUCAAAUAAAUUACUCUGUUUUUCAUU